GGUACACAAAGAAUCUUUCCUUCUCCUCGUCGUUUCUGCUUCUGCACUGCUGCUUUUGACUCUCCAUGAAGUGCCCAUCAUCUCAUCGUGAUGGGCGGAAUCUGCCGGCAACUGCACCACCGGAACUUGCACCUUCAAUCCGUGACUCGCAGACCGCCCAGCCUCUGCAAUAUUUGAAAAUUGAAAUUAUCUGAUAUAUCGAGUCUCGUAGUCGCCUCGCCUCGACUCGCUCCUAACCUACAUGCCUCGAAAAGACUUUCUUCGAGAUCUGGAGAGGGCCAGGUCGCCUGGCUUAUUUCCAGGUCUGCACGGAAUACGGCUUGGAGAUGACGACGAAUCAAUCUCUUUCUCGUUUUCCCAUUCACCUGAAACCGAUCUGCCACUAGAGUUCCAGGUUGUUAUAUCAGAUCUUUCCGAGUAUCCAAAGUCUCACCAAUACCUAAUUUUCUCCACGUCAACUACCGUGCCGCCUGCUGCUGUCGAUGUUCUUGACGUUGUUCGAGUUGCAGUCGCAGGAUCUCCCAUCCAUGAUCUCUUCAACAUGGUGAGCGAUGCUUUGAGAAACGUCCUUUCUGCCGACAUACUUCAGACCACCGAAGUAAGCCAAGAUUCAGAAAAUGAUGAGGUAGAUUGGGAUGCUGCGGAUUCUGACUUCAGCGUGGAAGCUGCCUGGCAAGAUGAUUCGUUCGAUGAGGACCAGCAGUUCUUUGGUUCUGUGCGCACAGACACAAAGAAAUCCGAAAGCCUUAAACAAGAUCUUCGUGCUGCGAAGAAAGCAGGGUUUAAGGUCGGCUACCUAGGCAAGUUGACAGGGUCAGUCAUCAUCUCAAUUUCUUGUCGGGUCUCCAAAUUGGGCAUUUCAGACGAGGCAAUGCAGGCAUGGAGCGUGGAGCGCACUCAAUACUUGGUGGUAUUGAUUCGCUAUCCAAGUGGAUAUGCCAACUUACAGCAAGUACUGGAACAAAAGAGGAAAGGCUUGACUACUCAGGUCCAGAUGCACGUUGGUCUCUGCUCUUCGUACAAACCCACCAUGACGGAAGCCUUGGAUGUAUUUGCUCGCUUCAAUGGCAUUCCUACUCCGCAAGGGCGUGAUACUUCCGAAUCUCAUGGCUCCCAGAAACUGGUUCCUCUUUUCAUCGAAAUGCCGUUGAACUCGCUGCUCAAUGAGCGAUUGCUCAAGAUAAUUGAACUAAGAUAUCAAUAUGCCUUCUCAUGGUCAGGGGCGGAGUUAUUUUUCAAUAACGCCCAGGGCAUGAUGAUAGCCCCAGAAGAUUUUGGAGGUGACGAAUACACAUUACCAGAUGAUCGGAGUGCCUCGCUUCCAGAAAUUGUUCAGGCAGAUCAACUCUCUGACGCUGCAAGUCCAAAUGCAUUGUCUUUCCCCCUAAUUGCCAUGCAGUUUACACUACGGCAUUUUGUGAAGUGCACUGAGUUCUGUCUAGUUUGUCAUUGUAAGAUGGAUGCAAACUUCGAAGCCCUUAAGCCCUACGUCUGCUCAAAACCUUUAUGUCUUUAUCAAUAUAUGGCACUUGGCAUGGGCCCCAGUGUAGACUGGGAGAUUCUCAAGCAGCCCUAUGUAAUUGACCUACUAAUAACCUUUGCGUAUUCUAGCGCUGCUACGGGAAAUCUUUCUGAUUUUCCUCAUGGCCUUGGAAUCAUGGUGCCUGGAAGUUCAAAGAGCACUUAUUCACGAAAAGGAAAGUUGCGAUUAUCAGAUAUGCAGCUCACAAUCACUUCUGCCUUCGAAGAUAAAACCUUCCUGAGCCCCGGUAGAUGGAUUGUUAUGAAAUCAUCUCCUCAAAUCUCUAACGAUAUAUGGCAUUUUCGAGUUGAAGAUACGCUCAGUUGGCCUUUGGUCUGUCUUUCUCAACCAAUGGUGCAUGGAAAUAUCCAGCACGCGUUACCAGUCUCGACAAAUCAAGAAUCGUUAGAAGUCAAUUUUGCGGUAUAUGACCAGAAUUUCGACGAUAUCAAGCAGGAUAAAGACAAGUGCCAAGCAAUCGCGACGCUUUUGGAUACAUUGCCCGAUGUGAUUGCGAUGAGAGAUUUUCUAGAGUCCGCGCCACCGGGUUCUAGGGAAAUUCUGGCAUUGUGGAACAGGGUUUCUAGUUCUGCGUUUGAUCUUUUAAGAUGGGUUGUUGCAUCCAAUAGAUCAUGUAUAAUGCAGGAUGGAGAUCUAAGCCAGAUCAAGGGUGUUAAGUCAAGUCCUAAUUUGGUAUCUGGAAUGGAUGGCUACUUGCAAUUUAGAUUUGCCCAAGGAUCUCCCGAUAAAGAGGAAAAGUUUAUGAUGGCUGUCACGGCCAAAGCCCCUAAGAUUGAUCGAAAGUACCCAACUAUCUUCACAUGGCACGGAAGUCCACUUUCGAACUGGCAUGGAAUUAUCAGAGAAGGUCUACAUUACAAGAAGGUGACAAACGGUAGAGCUUACGGAAAUGGUGUUUACAUGGCUCAGCAUUUUUCUACAUCUCGGGGCUACACCCAGAGAGGGGACCAGGGAUCGUAUUGGCCGAACAGCAUACUUAAAGUCCAAGGUGCGAUAUCACUAAAUGAAGUUGUCAACAGCACAAAGGAUUACGUCAAUAGCUCUAGUGGCAUUUAUGUUGUCAAAGACAUUGAGUGGAUUCAAACACGAUAUCUUUUUGUUGAAUGUCAGCCACGUGUCGAUCUCCUAAAGGACUCACCUUCAUAUUCAGAAAGUUCGAUUAAAGAUUCCUCGAUAAAACCGAAUUUUUAUCCACAAGACCCAAAACACGCGGCAAACGGACCCAAAGGCCGUACGAUCGAUAUCCCCAUGACCGCUUUGGGCCAGCGCCGACGUCUCCUAGUAACCCAGCUUCUACAGUCAGCCUCUGCUACAGUCAAAUUAGGAGAAAAUAAGGAAGAUGUAAUACUGGCGGCCUCCAGCGAAGACGAUGACUCAGCAAGCGUAGCCACUUUGAACGAAGAUCUAACAGUAUUGCUUUCGGAUUCAGAGGACAGUGAAUCACACCUAGUAAGCGAUUACGCUGGGGAUUCUGAAGCAGUGGCCCAGACGACGGGAUUGGAAAAGACAACUAAAACCCACAAAAGCACCCCUUCUACCGACUUUCAGCCUGGAAUGUUGACUGAAUCAUCUAUGACGCUACUUGAACCUCCAUCUUAUGCUACUACCUUAGCUACCAAGUAUCUCCAGCAACAACUACUGCAAACACUGAAAGUGCAGCAGAAGAACUCAUUGGUUGAAUUGGGGUGGUACAUCGACCCACAACUUAUCAGCAACCCAUACCAGUGGAUUGUAGAGCUACACUCCUUUGAACUCACACUUCCAUUGGGCCAGGACCUGGAAAAGACAGGGAUACAGAGCAUCAUUCUUGAGAUGCGUUUUUCUCAAAAUUAUCCGAUGUCACCACCAUUUGUUCGCAUUGUCAAGCCUCGACUGCUUGAAUUUGCCCAUGGUGGUGGUGGUCACGUUACCGCAGGAGGCGCGCUUUGUAUGGAACUACUCACGAACUCUGGCUGGUUACCGAGCUAUUCUAUGGAAAGUGUCUUGCUUUCUAUUCGUUUUGCUUUGUGUUCCACUGAACCCAAACCAGCACGCCUUCUAAGUGGUCAAUCUGGUGGGCAAAAGGGCCGAAUAUUUGAAUACCCAAUCCAGGAUGCUAUCUCGGCAUAUGUUCGAGCAUGCACCGCACAUGGAUGGGAGGUACCGAAAGAUUUCUCUACCCUAGCCUGGUGAAUGAAUUAUGGAGUGGGGAGCGUUGGAAUUAGCUUAUACCUACAACGAGCUAUGGGGAAGGUGUUUAACCGGAAUGCAUUUAAUUUAUGAGACUAGGAAAACAAUACCCAACCAGUUUAGUUACUUUGAUAUCUCGGGUUCCUCGUACACUAAUA